CCAGGCUCGUGGAGGUUCAGUAACCUGUUUCAGGAACCAGUUUCGUCCAGCUAGUGUGAGGCAGAGGGAGGGUCCAAACCCAGGAAUGUGACACUUGCUGAUUAGGCUGGAUUUUCAGAGUUUUGCCCACAGUUUUAUUGGUGCAUUUGACCCAAGGCUGCCUAUGACCUCAGAGGGCAGAAGCCCUACCCAAGGCCUUGACCUCAGCCACUGGGAGCAUUCUAAGUGUGGAACUCGGGCCUUGACCUCAGCCACUGGGAGCAUUCUAAGUGUGGAACUCGGGCCUUGACCUCAGCCACUGGGAGCAUUCUAAGUGUGGAGCUCUGGUGGACACGGCGGAGCGCACAGGUCACCUGUGUUUUGCAGCCUUCUCUGGUCCAAGCGUUGAUGGCAGACAUGCUUUGUGCAGCUGUGGCCCCUCCACAAAGUUGAGACAACCUGGGUUUGCUGCUGGUGCCACCGUGCCCUCAGACUGCUCAGCCCUCGCACAGCACCCAGCGGCACACCUACCGUCCGUCAUCCGCCUGCUCCUAUGAGUCAUAGAACUGCCACACGGCUGCCAGCUCUGCAUUUCCCUGCAGACGCCACCAGGCCCAGAGAGAACUUAGCCAUAUAUGGCAGGGCUCCAGCCUGCCCUCCCCUUAGAAUAUACCACUGGACAACCAGAUAGGUUGAAGCUCAAGGUCCAGGAGGCUUCCUUUGAUUUUCACUGGGUGGCUGGGGAAAGGGAGGAAGAGGCAGCCUAGAACCCAAGGGCUGAGGCCCGCGAGGAGAGUUACCCGGGGAGCAUGUAGUGAGUGCAGGAUUAGCAAGUGCCCUGGCUGCCAGGGUGAGGCCCGAGAGGUCAAAGGAGGGAAUGAUUAAGUUUCAUUAAAUAUGUCGGGCUGUUCAGUUUACCCCCGCUUGCUAUUUGCUGUGGAUCUGUCUGUCACUGGGAUAAAGACGUCCUUAUCUGCCUAACCAAUGUUCUCCCAACGGUUGCAAAUCCUGGUGGCACCUAAAACUGCACCCUUUGUGCAGAGUUCUCCAGGGACACUGCCUUUUGCCAUCUUCUGUUGCCAGAACUUGCAUCCGUGUGAUAGUUGGGUAAGAGAGCCAGAAUGAAAUGAAACCAAGCCUUCCACUGAAGCACACAGCAGUGGUGCUAACUGCACGCGUACCGUGGCUCGGGUUGCACAUGAUCACGUUUGCUGGGGGCCCUCUACCUACUGCAGAAGUUUAUGUAUAUUUGUUCUCCUUUGGAAAAUCCUGGGACAGGCUACUUUGUGCUGUAUAUGGGGUGCAUGGAUUACUAGUAAACUACUAACUAGUACUGGGUUUCUGCAGGCCGAAGAUUUAUGAAGGUGCUCAAAUGGGUAGCAAGCUUAGACACCCAGGCUACCACUCACUGCCAAGGGGUAUUUUGGUACCUCAGAGAUGUUGACUGGGAAAAUGCAUCCUUUCCCCCUAAGCUUUCAGGUAAAAACAACAAUUGAAGAUGUCAAGCAAAACAGCAAGCACCAACAACAUCACCCAGGCAAGGAGAACUGUGCAGCAGUUAAGACUAGAAGCUUCCAUCGAGAGAAUAAAGGUAUCAAAGGCAUCAGCCGAUCUCAUGUCCUACUGUGAGGAGCAUGCCAGGAAUGACCCUCUGCUGAUGGGGAUACCAACCUCAGAAAACCCUUUCAAGGACAAGAAAACGUGCAUCAUCUUAUAGAGGAGAGUGAACCAGUUCCUCGCAUCUCUUCAACAAAUCAAAUUAUGAGCAGCUCCUUGAAGAGAAGUACCUUCAGCUUAUUUGGUAACCACUGCUAAUAACUAAAAUGCUCUUAAUAUGGAAUAAUAGACUCUGAAGUCUUUAUUUUCCAAGUUGUCCUUUCUCUGAAAUACCCUUUACUGAUCUAAUACAAAGUAACAAUCUUGUUUUCCAUUUGGUAACCGUGGUGUCAUAUUGGGUUGCUGCUUAACGCAUGUCAUUCUGGGCCUUUUAAAAAACACAAAGAUAGGCUUUCAACUAUAUGAAUGAUCCAUUUAUGUCAAGACCUAAAUUACCUAAGCCCCUGUCUAGAUGAAAAUGCCAAGAAAAACUUAAGUCCUUAAACCAUUAUAUUAUAAUGUGUUCUUAAUAGGGUUGCACCAACCUGUACAGUAUAUACGGAUGAGGAGUGUUUUGUGUAUAUAGAUAUAUAUACGUGUCUUUGUAUAUACACAUAUCAAAGCUUAUUUGCUUAAUAAAAUGCUCUCCACACCAUCAGUCCCUCAGCUCCAGAAGUUAUCCCUUUAUCUUAAGCUAUGUGUGAGUAGAAUAAGAAACUCUUUUUAUAUAGUUACUGUACAAAAACUAAAGGCCAUCCUAAAGGCUGUAUUCAUUGCCAUCAAGCAAUGAAGUCAUCUCUUGCUGACCCUCUCCGGCCACAAUACACUGUGCCAAUUAAAAUGUUUAAAGUGACCUGAACGCCCUGCUAUAAUGUGAGGUAUCCAUUCACAAGAGGCCUUUCCGGCUUCAGUGAUCCUGAGUCGAGAGAAGGGGAGGACACCAGGCAGGUGUGCCGGGGGCUCACGGUCUCUGGAUCAGGGUAGACACCUCUGAAAUUUCCACCCUACUGAUGGGAAUGGGGCAGACAGGGUGCUCAGGAGCCUGGCAGGGAGAGAAGCAGGGGUGUUUGAAAGCCAGCUGCUAUUCCUGAUCAGACUUUGUGACUUAGCUCCUCUUUUUCUCGCUGCCUUGCCUUUUAUCUUCCUCUCCUGCCAGAACAACUCUUUGCAGAGGUAAUGUUCACCUCCCCGGCCCAAGUGGGUGGAACAUGGUGGGAACUGAACAAACAAAAAACACAAAGGCAUUAAGACACAAGCUCUUCCCACACAUCUGCAGUGUCAGUGUCAUCCCUACCUUGUCCACAGACCAUCCGAGAGACGUGGAUUCAGUGGCAUAUGACCCGGGACCAAGGGUUCCAGCCGCUGGGCGUUGGGCUCCUUGAUUUUCCUCUGGGCACAAGUGCAGCCCUCACCUCCUCACAGUGUCCAGCGGGGAUCCCACAAGAAGGAACCUCCUCUAAUCAGAGAGUAUGUUAACUUUGUCAAAGGGGAGGAGAGGUUCUUUUUUUUUACUAAAUGCUCACUUAAGGGCCCAAACCAUACCCUUGGCCUUUGAUAUUUUAAUUCAUCUUUAGUUCAUUCAAAAUAACUACUAAUGAAGGAUUACAAACAUAUUCUCAAAAAGGACUCAGCCCCAAGAAGGAAUUAUGUACAACGGAUUUUUCCUAGUUCUGUGCAAUCUUGCCCUACAGUGCAAGCCCCUUUCAAAACUGAAUGUCUGGGCUUGGAGUAUUAUGGUAAUCGUGGAUAAACAAACGCAGGACUAUUUUUUAAACUGCUCAAAUAUGUUCAGUAUUUCUCCACGCCACCCAUCUAUUCAGCAUUAUAAACUGCCCUCGUUUUUCCAAGACCAUGUGAAUCUCGCCACUGCCCUACAUCUCUUGUCAUCUGGAGCUUGGUUCUGCAACAUGGCCAAUUCCCAAAUGAGUGAUAGCCACCUGUCCAGGGGGGAGAACGGUCCACCUUUCCAAUGGUGAACUUUGAAAUGUACACUAAAAAAUCAACUUUACAUUAAAUGCUUCACUUAAGGAGAUAUUCUUUUUUUAAAUAGGUAUAUUUUUCUGGUAGUUUCAGAACACUAAUGUUUCCUUAAAUAUUUAUAAUAUGUCUUGUUAAAGUAUUUUCAUGCAAUUAUGUCUAUUAUACAGGUAUGUGCACAAUUUUGGUAGCAGGCAUAGUUUAUUCUUCAGUACUCAGACAUGUUCUUUUACCUAACAGAAAACAAAUAUAUUUUGCUAUAUGCUUAUUCAUAUGCUUGUAGUGAUAAGGAAUGGAAUUGAGGUCCCAGGAGAUUUUAUUUUAUUUUUGCUGGCCAGGCAUAAAGGCCAUAAGUAUAAUUGUCACAUAACUUCCUAACUAGGUAGAGGGCCUGUUCAAGAAAAGUGAAAUCAAAUCCUUCGAUGCUGGACCCAAGGGGUGGUGGGGGAAUUGUAGCUAAAUGCUGACUUACUUAUAGCUAGAUGUCUAUGUGAGAAAAUAUAAUAUAUGUAUACAUAUAUAUGAUAUGCAGAAGUCACUUUUAUUUAUCAGGCUUCAUUCUCCUUAUGAAGCCACAGUUCACCUCUUCUGCAGCAGCUGGUUUAUGAUGAUGGACAAAUGCCCAGUGUGUGUUAUUUUUCCGACUACCACUGUAAUGACACACAAUCACAUAUAUACAUGCAGCUUUUUUGGCUUCCUACCUAUGAAGCCAUUUAAAUAUGUUCACUCUGCUUUGUCUUUGAUGCUGCUUCUGUUAACAGUGAUUUUUUUUUUUAAUUCUUAUAUCUUCAUUCAUUCAUCAUAAAUCUGUCCAGUUGAGGCCUCAGGAUCAUGGCAAGGCAUGCUAGACAAAAUGUCAUGACUCCAAAGAAUUUUCUAGAGAGAAAACACUGUAUACCAGGUGGUUCCCAAGUUAUAGAUUGUAAGUACUUUUUUUCUAAAAGGAAUCAGGUUUUUAUAUUUCCUUACUUUAUUAAAAUAAAAAGUGCCAUACUUACCUUUUAAAGGAAAGGUGUGAUUUGCUUUCUCUUUAUUUGGACUGUUUUUGUACUUGACUGAUUUUUAAACUACCAGAAAAAGAAUUGUACCGAUGAUUUUGAGACAUAGGUUAGUUUAGGUAAUGGGGGACGUGCCAAAUUUGCUCUUCACAUGCCUCUUUUCAACCGAUUUCCAACUACAAAAGUGUCGUCUGAGUGACUCCACCCAAUUUUAAGAAUGAAUCGGUCUAAGAAGUGAAUUACACUACAUGCCGGUCCUUUCUCAAUAAAAUAAACAGAAUACAGACUAUGUUUUGAAUUGUAUUGAUUUCUUUUAUGGUGUAUCUAUUAAUAGGAAAAAGUGCAUUAAAUCAAUAGAAUUACAUGUAUGUUAAAAUAGAGCACUUACCUAAGUUGGGUGGCUUAGAUCGUUUUCUGUGUCCCUGUGUCCUAUGGCUUUUGGACAAGGCACUUCAUCUCCCCGGGCCUCCACUUCGCCUUCUGUAAAACAAGGGACUUGAAGGAGAUGAUGGCUGAGAUCCCUUCCCGCCCUCAGAUGCCUCGGUCCAAGGGCCCACCCCAAUACUUGUCUGCCAACGUGUUGGUGCUAUAAGCUGCUUCAGAUAUAAAAUUGGUUUGUCUAUCAUGUAUGCUCAUUUAAUAGCUUAUGAAAGGCCGUUUUGUCAUACAGCCUUUUUUUCCCCAGUUUUGUGGACUUGAUUGCUGUAAUAAUGUCUUGUUUUUAGCUGUGUAACUAUAAACAUAUAUUCUCUUGAUGUCUCGUUAAAAUUUGAUAUGUAGUUGAUGGGAUCUUGUUAUUUUAUAAAAUUUUUUGGCUACUCAUCUGUCCAGCAUCUGAUUAACCUAAACACUGUGAUCAUUGUUUGGAAAUCUGUCCUAUGGAAAGAAUAAAAGCAUUUGUUUUGCAGCUAACAUGUUCACAGAUUUGAAAGACGUUUCAUUAAAGCACCAUUGAUCUA